AUGGAACCUUUUUUGCAGCAACCAAUUGCUCUUCACCUUGAGGACAAGGUGAAUGAUUGGGAGGAAGGGGAUGAUUCUCUGACCUAUAUAAAGUAUUCUGUCAGUGAUUCUCUGACCUGUAUAAAGGAUUCUGUCAGAGAAUACGAACUCUUCAGAAUAUUUGGUUGGCGGGGGCAGUCACGAGACAGCAUUGGUACAGUAUUAUGUGUUGACGAUGAUGGAAUCCUUCGUGUUGGGUUUCCUGGAGCAUCCAGAGGAUGGAAAGCUGACCCAGCAGAGAUGGAACGUGUUGAGGAAUUCAAGGUUGGAGACUGGGUUCGUAUUCGUCCAACUCUUACAUCUGCAAAGCAUGGACUAGGAUCUGUGACUCCAGGUAGCAUUGGCAUAGUAUAUUGUAUCCGACCAGACAGUAGUCUGUUAAUAGAAUUGAGUUAUCUUCCAAAUCCAUGGCAUUGUGAACCAGAGGAGGUUGAGCAUGUUGCUCCUUUUAGGAUUGGUGAUCGAGUAUGUGUGAAACGAUCUGUUGCGGAACCUAGAUAUGCUUGGGGCGGUGAGACGCAUCAUAGUGUUGGAAGAAUAAGUGAGAUUGAGAAUGAUGGUCUCUUAAUAAUAGAAAUACCAAAUAGACCGAUACCAUGGCAAGCUGAUCCAUCUGAUAUGGAGAAGGUGGAAGAUUUCAAGGUUGGAGAUUGGGUAAGAGUGAAGGCUUCCGUGUCUUCUCCAAAAUAUGGAUGGGAAGAUAUUACAAGGAAUAGUAUUGGUGUAAUUCAUGGCUUGGAGGAGGAUGGCGAUAUGGGUGUUGCUUUUUGCUUCAGAAGUAAGCCUUUUUCUUGCUCAGUCACUGAUAUGGAGAAAGUUACUCCAUUUGAGGUGGGAGAAGAGAUUCAUGUGUUGCCAUCUGUUACUCAGCCACGACUUGGGUGGUCAAAUGAAUCACCAGCUACUGUUGGAAAAAUAGUGAGAAUUGACAUGGAUGGUUCUCUCAAUGUGAGGGUCACUGGUAGACAGAGCUUGUGGAAAGUUUCUCCUGGAGAUGCAGAGCGGCUUCCAGGAUUUGAAGUUGGGGAUUGGGUUCGCUCAAAACCAAGCCUGGGUACCAGACCAAGCUAUGACUGGAAUAGUGUUGGGAGAGAAAGUUUAGCUGUUGUGCAUAGUGUACAGGAUUCUGGAUACUUGGAGUUGGCUUGCUGUUUUCGUAAAGGAAAGUGGAUCACUCAUUAUACAGAUGUUGAAAAGGUUCCUAGUUUUAAAGUUGGGCAGUAUGUUAGGUUUCGAACUGGUUUGGUUGAACCAAGGUGGGGCUGGAGAGGAGCUCAGCCUGAAUCUCAAGGGGUUAUAACCAGUAUUCAUGCCGAUGGAGAAGUCAGGGUUGCAUUUUUCGGUCUUCCAGGACUGUGGAGAGGAGAUCCUUCAGACCUUGAGAUCGAAAAAAUGUUUGAAGUGGGAGAGUGGGUGAGGUUGACAGACAAUGCGAAUAAUUGGAAAUCAAUUGGGCCAGGUAGUGUUGGGGUCGUUCAAGGAAUAGGGUAUGAAGGAGAUGAGUUGGACAGAAGUAUUGUUGUCGGAUUUUGUGGGGAGCAAGAAAAGUGGGUAGGACCAAGUUCCCAUCUUGAAAGAUUUGACAAACUCAUUGUUGGACAGAAGGUUAGAGUGAAACAAUAUGUGAAGCAACCAAGAUUUGGAUGGUCAGGGCAUACCCAUUCUAGUCUUGGGACUAUACAGGCUAUUGAUGCUGAUGGAAAGCUCCGAAUAUACACUCCAGCAGGAUCCAGAACAUGGAUGUUGGACCCAUCAGAAGUGGAGGUGGUAGAAGAGAAGGAGCUCUGUAUUGGUGACUGGAUAAGGGUUAAAGCAUCGGUGUCAACCCCAACCCACCAUUGGGGGGAAGUGAGUCAUUCAAGCAUCGGAGUUGUGCAUCGAAUGGAAGAUGAGGAUCUAUGGGUGGCUUUCUGUUUUAUGGAGAGGCUAUGGCUUUGUAAGGCAUGGGAAAUGGAAAGGGUAAGGCCAUUUAAAGUGGGCGACAAGGUUAGGAUCAGAGAUGGACUGGUGACCCCACGUUGGGGAUGGGGAAUGGAGACACAUGCCAGCAAGGGACAGGUUGUAGGGGUAGACGCAAAUGGCAAACUAAGAAUAAAAUUCCGGUGGAGAGAAGGGAGGCCCUGGAUAGGAGAUCCUGCUGAUCUUGCCCUUGAUGAGGACUGA